GGCUUUGCUUUGUUAUGGCGGUAUCGUUCGAAACUCACCAAAGUUCAGACGUCAACUGCUGAAAUCUUUAAAUACCCGCCUUGGCAACCCACACCAAGGGUUUGAAUCAGGCCAACAUCAUCAUGAUGCCAUCUCCAGCUGGACUCCAGCAAGGGCAGUUUCACUUCCUCUCUCAGUGGAUCCCGGAUAGCUCCCGCUCUGGGGUGAUAUUAAACUGUUCCCCAGUAGAAGCCGGUUCUGGGUCUGUCCGGAGUAGCGGCAGUCUGGUGGUUCAGGAUCCUGAUGACUCCUUUAGCUGCCAGUUUGCCCCGCUGCCUAUCUCCCGAAGCAGCAGCUGUGCCAGCGUGGAUGUGUGCAGUCCAGGUGGAAGCAGCAAGACACUCGGGGAAACAGAGUUGUCUGAUACAUCUUUAAACAGUCAGCUGCAAAGUAUGCAAGAUGUUUUAAGAAACACACGGGAUCUCCCAUUAAUAGCUAAGCUUGAACAGCUGAAGCAAAUGCAACAUCACAUGCAGGAGCAGCUAAAAACCCAUCAGCAGGAACAGCUGUUUAGAUUACAGCAAGAACCACAAAGGCAUCUGGGGAAAGCACAGAAUACUGCAGAGACCAGUAUGUUGAACCAGGAACAAAGUGUGGUGGAGUUGAACACUGGACAUAAUGACAGUGAUCCUGAUUCUGAAGAAUCCUUUCAGUCAACGAUAGAAGAUCAAAUUGUAUAUAGAAAAGAGUGUAACUCAGACCCACGGGACAGACCUAUCAAAUCAGGUUUGAAAACAUUUGAGGAAAUACUGGAAGAGCAGCUGAAGAUGGAAGACCAGAGACUGAAGGGCAAGAAUGCUCCAGCUGAAAGUAUGAAGGUAAAGAGACCCUUUCUUAAACGUGGAGAAGGUCUGGCCAGGUUUACUCGGGGAAAAGCCACUGUACAAUCACACAGUAACAGUCCACCUAACCCCAAUCCCUCCUUGUGCCCAAAUCCUAAAGUUUCCCAAGGCCUAGACAUGAAGUCCAAGAAGAAGUCCAUAGUAAACAAAAACGAAGGCUCAAAAUCGGCACACCAUGUGAUCCAACGCAAGACUGCUGUGCUCAACAAAGAAAAUGUUCCUCAGAAUAAAACAACAGCACCAGUCACCAAGAUGCCAGUUCAACUUCAUGUUCUUGUUGCACACCAGGGUCAGAACAUGGGCUCCAACUUAGCUCUGUUCCAGCGAAAACCUUAUCCCUUAUCCAAGCAGAAGAUCAACAGUGUCACUACAACAAACGACAAUCAAGGAAGAGCAUGCAGUCAUGUGGAGGAUACUGCCUGUGUUGCAGAAAACUCAUUUGAGGUGUGGUUUACGGAGCGGAGGGAGCGCUGGGAACAAGAUCACCAGCUUGAAUGUGCCGAACUCGGAGAGUUUGAGUUGCUAGAAAAAGCAGCAGAUGAAAUAUCCUUUUCCAGCAACUCAUCCUUCAUCAGCACCCUCCUUCACAAAGAUCGUAGACGUCUCUCCUCCACACCCAUCAAAUCAACCUAUCAAUCUGCACAAGGGCCCACAGUAGCUCCUGGCUCCAAGUUGGGUCAUAGUGUUCCAGUGCCUCCAGUACCAGCGACACAGAGAGAUGUCAUUGGCACAAGGCCGAACGAACUAAUGAGAGAGUUUUCUGAAAAGGAAAACGAUGAAAAGUUGGAUGACAACAAAUUGUGCAGUAACUCAGAUUUGCAACCCCUUCCCAACGUGUCCAAUCCACCCAUAAGCCACUGCUUUCAAGUGCCCACCACUCUGCCUUAUGAUAAAAGCACCUAUCAAGACAGGGACGGAGCCAGCAGUCCAGAGGAGGAUGAAGGGAAUUUAAGUGACAAUAGAGAUUGUACUCUUGUAGAAUCAAGGGCCCAGUUAGAGUUUGAUGACGAUGAUACCUGGAAUGAACCUGAGGAUGAGUCCUGCUGUCCUGCAGAGGAAUCCUUAUCAGAGAAGGCGCUGAAAAGGAAGGUUGCCUUCUCCAAGGGGGUAAAACCAGUAUGUGGCAGUCCACAUACAGUUGGAAAUCACAAAGAAGCUCCAUCAACAUGCCAGUUGGUAUCAAAGCUGUUUCCAGUGCUAAAGGAUAAACCUUCUCCUCCAGUAACUCCACAGGAACCACAGAACAUGCCCAGUGAAGAAGGAACAGCUCAAUCAAGACUUCUUCGUGAGCGUUUGGUGGAGCUGGAAACAGAGAUUGAAAGGUUCAAAUCUGAGAAUGCGUCACUGGUCAAACUAAAGCAGGAGAACCAGGAAACAAGAGAAAAUCUCAAGAAAGAUAGGGCUGAAUUUGAAAAGAAGAGGAUGGAGGAAAUUGCAAAGUGGGAGGAGUUUAAAAGGGAGGAAAAUAAGAAACUGCAGCGUGAAAAGAAGCUUUUUGAAAAGCAUGCUGCAACCGUAAGAGCAAGACCUGACAAACAAGAACGAGAUGAGAUCCAGGCUCUAAAGCAGCAAUUAAACGUGCUGCAAGAGGAUCUGCGCAAACGAGAGACUCGUUGGAGCAACACACAGAGCCGUCUUCGGCAGCAGGUAGACGCUUUGAGUGCAGAGAACGCAUCCCUCAGAGACCAAGUGCGGACACUGGAGAAACUGCGUCUCAGUGUGUGGAAGAGUGCUAAGAAAGAGAAGGAAAAAGGAACGUUCUCUGCGUCUAGCGAUGGAGCUAGUACUGGAUCCAAAAGUACAGAGUCUAGGAGUCCCUCCCUGAGUGCAAAAAGCAACAGCAGCAGAAAGGAAAGUCCAGAGACACAGAUUCCUCUCACAGACUCGGCUUUUUUCCCUGAACAAAUGAAAGAGGGUAUCAGCUUCAAAAGGGAGCACAGUCCAGUGGGAACUCAGUGUACAGGUGGACUGGUUAUGACUCAGAGGAACCAUGAUGCACCACUGAUUAACACAGCUGUCAUCGGACAGUCAGAGGAGGAACAGGAAGAGAUCAUGCAGUCUGACAACAAGAUUGAGAAGGUUCUUCCUGAUGGAGGUCGACUUGUUGUUUUUCCAAAUGGCACAAGAAAAGAGCUCUCUGCCGACGGACAGACUGUCAAAGUUAUGUUUUUCAACGGGGAUGUAAAACAUACAAUGCCUGAUCAAAAAGUGAUUUAUUACUACGCUGAAGCUCAGACCACUCACAUCACCUACCCUGAUGGGAUGGAAGUGCUUCAGUUUCCUAACAAUCAAACAGAGAAACACUUUCCAGAUGGUCGCAAGGAAAUCACUUUCCCUGAUCAGACAGUCAAGACUCUUUACCCUGAUGGAAGAGAGGAAAGUGUACUGACAGAUGGAACAAUAAUACAGCUGAAUCCGGAUGGUAGUAAGGUGAUCCAGUUUAACACUGGCCAGCGGGAGAUCCACACCUUAGAUUUUAAAAGACGGGAAUAUCCAGAUGGAACGGUUAAAACCAUUUACUCAGAUGGACGGCAGGAGACACAAUAUCCAACCGGACGUGUGCGGUUAAAAGACGCACAGGGUCAUGUCAUUAUGGACACUAAGACAUGAAUGAUCCACAAUACUCUGUUUUAAGGAAGGAAAACAUGGCCUUGAAUGAAUUUAAGUUAAAGAAUAUGUGUGCAUUUUGUAAAUGUGUCGAGUAUUUAUUUCUGUAAGAAAUAAAUCUUUUUAUGUUGAGUU